AUGAACACCUUUCAACCAACUCUCAAGCCCUUCAAAUGGAACCCUAAUCCCAAACCCACAACAAUCUUCUUCAACACCCAAAACCAAAUCGACCCAAAAACCCCACAAUCUUCAACCUCAUCAGCAGGAAAAAUCAAACGUACAGUUCUCACAAAAGAAGGCAGAACCAAAUUCGACAUUACUCCAGACAGAAACUUCUACACCUACCCAAGAUUCGUCACCCAUGUCGAUAACAACUUCAUUAAAACACUAACCAAUCUUUACAGAGAUAGAUUGAGCCCAGAUUUCGAAAUUCUUGACCUCAUGAGCUCAUGGGUUAGCCAUCUUCCUGAAAAUGUCAAAUACAAGAAAGUCAUCGGACAUGGACUGAACCCACAGGAGCUAGCCAAGAACCCGAGACUCGAUUACUUCGUUGUUAAAGAUCUAAACCAAGAUCAGAAAUUCGAAUUCGAAAGUGGUAGUUUUGAUGCUGUGUUAUGCACAGUUAGUGUUCAGUAUCUUGAACAGCCGGAGAAGGUUUUUGCGGAGGUGUUCCGGUUAUUGAGGCCCGGUGGUGUGUUUAUUGUGAGCUUUAGCAACCGGAUGUUCUAUGAAAAGGCGAUUGGUGCAUGGAGAGAAGGAACCGGGUUCAGUAGGGUGCAGUUGGUGGUUCAGUAUUUUCAGUGUGUUGAAGGGUUCACUGAACCGGAAGUGGUGAGGAAACUACCUGAUGGCAAAAAACCGGAUAUUAGUUCGGGUUUUGAUUGGAUUAAAGGGGUAUUUGGAUUGUUGUCUGGUUCGGAUCCUUUUUAUGCUGUUAUAGCUUACAAGAAUUUUAAGCCGAUUUAUGAAUGA